ACAGCAAUUGAUCAUGACAAUAGUACAUCUUCUACACCAAAUGAUGUAACAACAGUUGAUCAUGUCAAUAGUAGAUCUUCAACAUCAAAUGAUGUAACAUCAAUUAAUGUUGGAUAUACUACUUCAAACGAUAUAACAACAAUUGAUCAUAGCAUUAGUGGAUCUACUUCUUCAAAUCUUAGAACAACAAUUGAUAUCGGUAAUGGUCGACCUACUUCUUCAAACGAUAUAACAACAAUUGAUCAUAGCAUUAGUGGAUCUACUACUUCAAAUCUUAGAACAACAAUGGAUAUCGGUAAUAGUCGACCUACUUCUUCAAAUGAUA